CUGGUGUGCGCUUCCAGAAUAAAGCGGUGUCGGAACUACUAUGAGAUUCUGGGGGUGGAGAGGGAUGCCAGCGAGGAGGACCUGAAGAAAGCCUACCGCAAACUGGCCCUGAAAUUCCACCCGGACAAAAACCGCGCUCCCGGGGCAACGGAAGCUUUUAAAGCAAUAGGCAAUGCUUUUGCAGUUCUGAGCAACCCUGAAAAACGAUUACGAUACGAUGAAUUCGGAAGUGACCAAGAGCACGUCAGCACUGGCCAGGCCAGGCACUAUGAUUACUACACAGAAUUUGAAGCAGACAUUACACCAGAAGAAAUAUUCAAUGUGUUUUUUGGUGGGCACUUUCCUACAGGAAAUAUCCACAUGUUCUCAAACGUAGCCAGGGACGCGCACUAUUAUCCACGGAGGCACCGAAACGAAAGAGCGUGGACGCAGGAGCAAGAGGAGGAGGAAAACAGGCCACAGAAUUCAUAUUCUGCAUUUAUUCAGUUGAUGCCAGUUUUCAUAAUAAUCAUAGUGUCGGUUAUAACUCAACUGAUGGCCACAAACCCGCCCUACAGCCUAUUCUACAAAUCGUCCAUAGGCCACGUUGUUAGUAGAGAAACAGAGAACUUGCAGGUGCCUUACUAUGUCGAUAAAAACUUUGAAAAGAAUUAUCAAGGAGCAGAACUUCAAGAGCUAGAGAAAACGGUUGAAAAAGAUUACAUAGACUAUAUUCAGACCAGCUGCUGGAAGGAGAAGCAGCAAAAGUCUGAUUUGUCAAAUUUGGCCAAGCUCUACAGAGAUGAGCGGUUAAAGCAGAAAGCAGAAUCGCUGAAACUUGAGCACUGUGAGAAGCUCUCCAGUCUGAUCGGAAUGCACAAAGGGGGCUGACCAAGACACACUCGUUCUGUAGUUUUAUUUAUUGCUGGUUUAACUUAUGUUUUUAUUUUCCUUUGUAUAAAAAGGGAAGGAGCCUACUGUAAAGAGUCUGAAUAUUCGAUUCCUUCUGCCUGUAGUGCAGAGAUGAGCCAACACAAGCUGCAGAGCUCGUGUUUGCUGUAACAUAGACUGUACGCUACUGGGUUCCAAGGACCAGUGGCACUUUGUAAAUUAAUUCCCUGGGAAACGCUGUUAGUUUGGAACUUGUCUCCAUCAGUAGUUUGUCUGCCACCCAAACAGCACGUUCUGCCCAGGAGAGCAGACACGUGUC